AUGGCAGGAUCAGAUCCAAAGAAGGAGAAGAAGAAGAUAGAAGAGAUCGAGGUCACGGAAGUGGAGAAGCCGACGUUAGCUGAAAUCCUGAUGAAGGAUGCUCGUGCACUUGGGUUGAUCCAAUGUGCUGUCUCAGACCAAAUUUUCCCCAGAAUUGUGAACGAAGAGACCUCAAAGGGUGCUUGGGACAUUCUGAAGCAAGAGUUCAGAGGAGAUAAGCAAGUAAGGAGCGUAAAAUUGCAAGGUUUGCGUCGAGAAUUUGAAUAUACUCGCAUGAAAGAUAGUGAAUCCUUAUCUGUAUAUCUCACUAGAUUGUUUGAUAUAAUGAAUCAAAUGAAGAGUUAUGGUGAGGAUCUGUCUAGAGAGAGAGUUGUGCAAAAAUUGUUGAUUAGUUUGCCUAGAUCAUAUGAUCCUAUUUGCUCCGUAAUUGAACAUUCUAAGGACCUUGAAACUCUUGAGAUUCAAGAGGUAGUUGCUUCUCUGAAAAGUUUUGAACUCAGAUUGGAUAGACAUGCUGAAAAUUCUACUGAACGAGCUUUUGCUAGUCUAAAUGUUGGAGGGAAGCCAAAAUGCACAGGUUGUGGGAAACUUGGGCACGUGAUCAGAGACUGCCAUGGAAACAAAAAUAUACAGAAGGUGAACUAUGUAAAUCAUGUUGAAGAAACUGGUACCCUGUUCUAUGCAUGUAAUGCUAUGACAGAUGUGAAGGUGAAUCAUUCAUGGUACAUUGAUAGUGGUUGUAGUAACCACAUGACAGGUGAUGAAAGGUUACUAAUCAACAUCCAAAGGAAUCUGACUUCCAGGGUGAAGAUGGGAACUGGAGAGAUUGUUCAGGUUGCAGGAAAGGGGACUCUUGUUAUAGAGACCAAAUUGGGAAGAAAGCACAUUCAAGAAGUGAUGCUUGUUCCUGGACUUGAAGAGAAUCUGCUAAGUGUUGGACAGAUGAUGGAGCACGGGUACUAUCUAUUGUUUGGAGGAAAUAUUGUGAGUAUCUUCGAUGGUUGGUCAAUGGAUAAUCUUGUGGUUAGAGUGCAGAUGACAAACAACAGGUGUUUUCCGCUUACAAUGAUGCCAGCAAAUCAGAUAGCCUUGAAAGCAAGUGUGACACUGUAUGCAGAUAUGGCAUAA